AUGCGACCUGCCGCGAUCGUGGCUGACGCUUAUGUCUCUUCUCAAUUCCUUAUUUAUAUAAUUAGAGGGGAUGAUGGUGAUAAUCGUCCAUCGGAAUAUUUAAACCCAACUGAAUAUUUUAGUACAGACUUUAUUAGCAGAUUAGCAGCUCAUAUAAAUAUUAUUUUCGCCAUAUUCAAAGUUCUGGCGCUUUGUUGUGUGAUAAUUGUUGGUAUGGCACAAUUAUUAAAGCCUGAAUCCAAAAGUCACUGGGCAAAUUUAUUUAAUGAUACAAUAAGUGAUCAACGGACUAGUUUAGAAAAGGUCGGAAGCUAUGGUGAUGCCAUGCUGGAGAUUCUUUUUACGUAUGAAGGGUGGAAUAAUGCAAAUUAUUUGACUGAUCUGUUAAAUAAUCCGCAGCACGUUCUGGCGGUUUCUAACAUUUUUAGCAUUCUUAUUGCCACUAUACUUUAUAUUUUUACAAACAUUGCCUAUAUAACUGUAGUAAAUCCUACCGAUAUUAUUCUGCUUGCUCACAUAGACGAUCCAACUCAAUUUAUUGCCAUAGCUUUUGGCAACUCGCUACUUGGAGAAAUUGGAAAAAAGCUCAUGGGAGCUCUUAUUGUGAUUUCUUCUUGUGGAGCUUGA